AUGCGUCGAUUAAUCUAUGGCAGAUCAACAAGAUCAGUCGUCACUCGGGGGGUCUGUAGAGAAGGCUAGUGCUUCAGCAGACGCCUCUAAGUUAAGGGGGAAAAAUAGCAGCUCGGCUGGUUCGAGAAAGCGACAGGGAACUACCACCGUUGUUGCUACACUAGGAGAGAAACGUCGUAAGCAACAGCAGCAGCAGCAGCAGCAACACCAGACCGAUUCACAACCCUCACAAGCUUGUGCUAUCCCCGUUCAUCGGCGCUCAAUCGAUUUAUCCAAAGGAGAAAGUAAAGCCAAAGGAGAUCGUAAAAACCAUGGAGGUGGUGUAGGAUCAGUUACUGACACGGAUAAACAAAAAGCACAUAGUUCUAAUAGCAACAGUAAUUCUGGAAGAAAAGCUGCUGUCAAAAGCACGGUAUUUGAACUUAAUUCAGCGCCCAUCGAUUGCGUGGCUUCCCGGACUCGGUCUCGUGUUCCUCAAGUCCCACAGAUUAUUCAAACCUCGAGUAAUAACUUUCAAGCAUCACUGACCAGCAUUUACAAUAAUAUUUACAAUAAUAAAAAAUCUUCCACUGCGCUGCCAAAUUUAGCAGCAUCAUCAAGCAAUUCCUUCAUCAGUCAUCCGUCGACGUCUCGUGGACGAGGUUCAAAAUUGCAAACUGUUGGAGGUAAUUACGCAAACGGUGGAACGGGUAAUCAAGUUUUGGGUGUCAAGUCCAGCAUCAGAGUGGGUAACGCAGCUAGCAACUCUGUGGAGAGCGGAGGGGGGGCGUUGGCACAUGACGGGGCAGGCACAAGUGGCGUUACAACGUCCACUGGCAGCAACCCCCCGGUGUCUGCCUCCGCGAGUGCCAACCUUGCGCACCAUCACCCAACGCACAAACAUUUGUUACGUUCACGAGUUAAAUUAUCUAGCGAGCAGUCUAAAGAAGCCCAAGUGUCAGCUAGCACUACUGGAGUUAAUAAGUCACUGAGUAAGCAUCAUAAAAAAGACAGUACAACGGGAGGAUCCUGCUCAAGCUCACGGCAUCGUUCCCAGUCACGUGCUAGAAAAUCCGCUGGAGAAAGUAGUACUUCGACUGCUGCUAUUGCCGCUGCUGCUGCUAGUGCACUUGUUAUGUCUACGAGUGACUCAUUGACUAACAGCACCGCGAUACCAACAUCUGCGUCUGCGUCCGGAGGACAGUUGAAUCCUUCUGUGCCUGAAGAGGAGUCUAGUGCAGCCAGUGCGACUCCCGCAGCGCCAAGUGGUGGACCUUCUGGAAUGUCUGGGACCACUGGAGACAGUGAAAGUGAUGAUGGAGAAGUUGGCCGGCUCCAGGCGUUGCUUGAAGCACGUGGACUGCCUCCUCAUGUCUUUGGAGCUCUGGGUCCACGGAUGCAGCAUCUGCUCAAUCGCAGCAUGGGCGCCAGCUCAGCUGCCAAAGCACAGCAGCUUCUGCCUGGAUUGCAAGCCGUUGAUGACGAAGGCGAGCAGCUGCAAGCUGUGAUAGGAAUGGGUGAAAUUCUUGUCAUGGGAAAUGAAGACACUCUCACUGGUUUUCCGGUCAAACAAGUUGUUGCAGCCUUAAUAAACUUGCUUGGAAUUGAACAUAAUUUUGUAAUUAUGACCCAUGCUUGCAGAGCUCUCACUUACAUGAUGGAAGCAUUGCCGAGGUCAUCGACAGUAGUGGUCGACGCGGUCCCGGUUUUUCUUCAGAAGCUAGAGUCUAUUGAGUGUAUGGACGUCGCUGAACAAUGCCUCACGGCUCUUGCUAUGCUGUCACGCCGACACAGUAAAACAAUUCUUCAUGCUGGUGGUGUCUCAGCUUGCUUGAAAUUCGUCGACUUUUUCAACAUUACGGCUCAACGUGCUGCCCUUACAAUCACUGCUAACUGUUGUCAGAAUCUUCAUCCAGAUGAUUUCCACUUGGUCAGUGAUAGCCUAACUCUGCUCACUACUAGACUGACCAAUCAGGACAAGAAAAGUGUCGAAUGUGUUUGUCAAGCUUUCAGCCGAUUAGUUGAUAGUUUUCAACACGAUCCUGUGAUGUUACAUAAAAUUGUUACACCCGAGCUCUUGCAGAAUUUACAGCAACUGCUUAUGAUUACACCGCCAGUAAAUAGUAUUGGCAACUUCAUAACUGUUUUACGAAUGCUCUCUGUGAUAUCAAAUCGCUGUCCUGAUUUGGCGCAGCUGCUUCUUCAACAAAAUAUUGCGUUAACGUUGAGUUAUCUAUUAACUGGAUCUCUUGAAGUUAAAACAGAAGACGUUGAAUUAGUAACAAGAUCGCCUCAGGAGUGGUUUGAAAUAACUUGUCUGAUUGAGGAAUUAAUGCCUCCAUUGCCAACAGACGGUAUAUUUAGUGUAAAUAAUUUACUUGAAAGAACAACAAGUCACCAAGAAACUGUUCAUUGGGAAUGGCGUGACGAAAGACACUGUUGUCAUCCAUUUAGCACUAUUGAUUCUCGAAUUAUAGAGAUGGCUUUUCAAAAUGGAGAAGACGAAAUUUGCCUUUCAACAUUGGGUAGAACCUACACUAUUGAUUUAACUACGAUGAAACAAAUAAACGAAGACAUUGGAAUGGCUCGCAGUAUAUACCGUCGUGUAAUGACUGAUCCUGCCGAGAACAAGAGCCCUACUUGUUCAUCAAGCAUGGAUGUUGUACCGCCGGUGAUUGAGACAAACGAGUGGCUGGUAUCUUUCAUCAGAACAUUGUUUUCCGUUUUGUACGAGGUCUACAGCAGUUCUGCUGGUCCUGCUGUAAAAUGUAAAUGUCUCCGUGCUCUUUUACGCAUGGUCUACUACGCGUCUACUGAUCUUCUCAAAGACGUACUCAAGAAUCAAGUUGUAUCUUCUCAUAUUGCUGGGAUGUUAGCUUCACAAGACCUCAGAAUAGUUAUCGGUGCGCUCCAGAUGGGGAGCAUUCUAAUGAAACGAUUGCCUCAAGUAUUUGGUGUACACUUCCACAGAGAAGGAGUUUUACAUCAAAUUAGACAUCCACAACCGGGUCCAUCAAAUACACCAAUUUCAUCAACAAUGACUUUAUCUUCAAGCAGUGCAAUGUCCCCAGUCGCAUCGCCCACGACUAAUGGAAAUAUUUUAUUCGGGUCUAUUGCAACAAGUCAACUUAAACCAGUUGUUGCUUCACCGAUGGAAACCCGAAGCAAAAGUGAUUUAAAUACUAAUGCUGAAGAAGCAAACACACCACAAAGUGCUCAUUUGUUUGGAGAUGUACUGAAACGAAAACGACAAGUUAAAAAAGGUAGAUUUUCUCGUUUGGGAAACACGACAACCCCACAACAGACUCAACAACCAGAUUCAUUAUUUACUGGAUUUACGCAAAAAAAUAAUAGAUUUUUGGGUAACUUAAAUCCCGCAAGAUGGGGUAGAAAAUCAUCAGGCUCAAGUGGUUCUGGUGAAAAAAGAGAUUCAACAUCAUCAGCAAGCCUUACUAAACCGCCAAGCAAUCCAAAUUUAACUGGCGGUAAUCGAGAUAAAGCUAAAGCAUGGGUACGCGAACAAGCGUCAAAUUUCCUCGCUAGGUAUCAAGACGAUGCACCGUGUACACAUCCAGCGCUUACGGUACUUUCACGUCUUACCGCUGCAAUCCAACGUUUACAAUCAAACGAAUUGGAUGAAAUGUUAUCAGCGUUAACAGAAUUACGUGAUAUUGUGCUUGAAAGUGAUAUUUCACCGUUUGAAAUGAAUUACAGUGGCCUAAUAAAGGCAUUAUUAAAUUACCUGACAACAACCGACGCACCGGGUAAUCGUUACGACAGACUGCGAAUGUUUUGGAAAUUAUUUGCAGAGUCGACAAUGCAACAGGAUGGCAUUAACAUCAUUGAAGUUAAUCCCGGAGCAUUUGGUGCUUUAGUCCAUAAAUUAAAUAGUUGCGUAGCACAGUUGGAACAAUUUCCCGUGAAAGUACACGAUUUACCAGCUGGCUCUGGAGCUGGUCGCGGAGGUACCAGUGCCCUUAAAUUCUUCAAUACACAUCAAUUGAAGUGUAAUUUACAACGUCACCCAGAUUGUAAUAAUUUAAAACAGUGGAAAGGCGGUACAGUUAAAAUAGACCCUCUUGCUUUAGUCCAAGCUAUUGAACGUUAUCUGAUGGUACGUGGAUACGGUAGAAUUCGUGACGCUGAGUCGAUGGUCAGUGACGAUGAAAACAGCGAAGACGAUAUCGAUGAUACCUUGGCGGCUGUUGUUAUAAGCCAAGGAUCUAAGCACAAGCUUCAAUUUUUAAUUGGAGAUGAAAUCCUGCCAUUUAAUAUGACUGUUUAUCAAGCUGUAAGACAAUUUAGCUGCCCGGGAAUGGAUCACUCAGAAGCUGAGACUGAUAGUGAACCCCCGCUGGGUCACGACGCUGUUUGGGUUCAAACUCACACUAUUUACUACCGACCAGUACCCGAAGAAGAAGUUUCUGCCUCGCCUAAACCGGGCUCUAGCUCUCAAGGUACUUCUAGCAGAAAAGGCAAAGGUAAAAGUACAAAAAUUAGUUCUAAAAGAAAAGAAGAUAGUUUUUGGCUCGAAGGUGUCAUACCACCACCCAAGUGUCCUCUGGCUCCGUAUUUGUCGCCAGUAUUGCCGUCAGUAACUAUUUCUGACGCUUCUCUAGACGGUUUGUGUUUAUUACGACUUCUUCAUGCAUUGAACCGUCACUGGGGUGUUUUGUUCCCCCAUUUAAAGAGCCCGGCUCUGCUGUCUUCGCAAGAUUUUAUAAAUACUAAAAUAGCGGCUAAAGCUAAUAGACAAUUACAAGAUCCACUGGUUAUUAUGACGGGUAAUUUGCCCUCUUGGUUACAACAAAUAGCAACAGUGUGUCCGUUCUUAUUUCCAUUUGAAACGAGACAAUUGCUGUUGUACGCAACGUCCUUUGAUCGUGAUCGUGCUCUGCAGAGACUUCUUGAUUCAGCGCCUGAAUUGUCUGGCUCAGACAGUCAAGAACGCGUGACACCACGCUUAGAAAGACGCAAACGCACUAUUUCACGAACGGAUAUUUUGAAACAAGCUGAACAAGUUAUCCAAGAUUUAGCAUCAAGCAAAGCUCUACUCGAAGUGCAAUAUAUUAAUGAAGUUGGUACUGGAUUAGGUCCAACACUUGAAUUUUAUGCUCUAGUUUCUCGCGAAUUACAACGCGCUGAUUUAGAUCUGUGGCACGGUUCUUUAAAUCCCGACGCCACGGGUUAUGUUAAUGGAACUAAAGGAUUGUUUACUAAGCCAGUGCCCUGGAAUACGAAAAUUCCGCAUUUAGCUAAACUUAAAGCUAAAUUUAAAUUCUUAGGAAAGUUUAUGGCAAAAGCGAUCUAUGAUUCGCGUAUGAUUGAUAUGCCAUUUAGCUUAACAUUCUAUCGUUGGUUAUUGGGAGAAGAACACACACUUACACUUGCCGACUUGGCCUAUGUAUGUCCAGAUGUUCAUCGUACCCUCAACAAACUUCAGGAAGUCGUAAGACGAAAAGAAGCCAUCGAAAGAGACCAAACUUUAAGACCACACGAAAAGGCUCAAUUGAUUGAGUCACUUGAUCUAGACAAUUGUACUAUAGCUAAUCUAAGUUUAGUCUACGAGUUACCGGGUUAUGAAAACAUUGAAUUGAGAAAAGGCGGUAGUGAAAUUUCCGUUACUAUUCACAAUUUGGAUCAAUAUAUUAAGCUUGUGGUUCAUUGGUUCCUCAGUGAGGGCGUUUCGAGACAAAUGGAGGCAUUCCGAGAAGGUUUUGAGUCGGUAUUUCCUACGAGUCAGCUAAGAUUGUUCUUCCCGGAAGAGCUCGAAGCAGUAUUUUGCGGUCAUGGACAAAGUGGCGGCCAGUGGGAUGUUAAAACUCUUAUGGAAUGCUGUAGAACUGACCAUGGUUACACACCGGAGUCACGUGCAAUUAGAUUUUUGUUUGAAGUUAUGUCGGAGUAUAAUAGCGAAGAGCAGAGACAAUUUAUACAAUUUGUUACGGGAUCUCCUCGUUUGCCCGUUGGUGGUUUUAAGAGCUUAACUCCACCAUUGACAAUAGUACGAAAAACAUUCGACGCUUCAAUGAAAACCGAUGAUUUUCUGCCUUCAGUAAUGACGUGUGUUAAUUACCUUAAAUUGCCGGAUUAUACAACUUUAGAAAUAAUGAGAGAAAAGUUGCGGAUAGCUGCGCAAGAAGGCCAACACUCUUUUCAUCUGUCCUAG